AAAUUUCAUAUUUUUUUCUUUGACUGUUAACCAUUACUACAAGGACUAUAAAGAAUCUCUAUUAUAUAACAUUUCUAAAAUUGAAGUGAAUUCCAACAUUGAAUUUCUAAACACAUGAAUUCAAAUCACUUAAUGGCAUAUAAUAAUUCUAUGACAACUUGGCCAGAAUUAUCACAUCAAUUUGAUAUUAAAACAAUGAAACAAUAUAGUAAUUACAAUACAAUUAAUAAUAAAGAUAGUAAUAGUAAUAAUAGUAAUAGUAAUAAUAUAUCAGAUCCUUAUUCAUUGUUUCCAUCAAAUUCUUUUAGAUCAAGUAAAAACUCUCAUGAAAAUAAUAAUAUUGAUAAUAAAUUAGAACAAUAUACAAAAUAUAUUGAUAUAGUAACACCGGAUAAACUAUUCAAAUGUAGCAAUAAUAAUAAUAGAAAAAAUCAUUUUAAAAAUCUUUCAAUGAAUCAAUCUGUAUCUAAUUUAACUAUACCUAAAUUUAUGAUCAAUGAUAAACAGAUAGACAAUGAAAGAAAACUAUCAGCUGAUUCAAAUGAUAUAAAUACACCAAAAGAUUUACGAAUACGUAAACAAUCACGUUCAAAUGCAAAUCCUAUGCGUUACAAUAAACAUAAAUUAAAACAAUCUUAUUUUAAAAAAGAAAAUAAUAAAAAUACUAUUGAAUUUUCAAAUAAUUUAAUAACAAUUCAUAAUACGAAUAUGAAUAGUCAUUGUAAGAUUCCUUCUGAUAUUCAUUUAAGAAAUAAUUUUGAUAAUAAAAACUUGGAUCUAUCAUUUAAUAAUAAUAAUAAUAAUAAUAAUAAUAAUAAUAAUAAUAAUAAUAAUGGUGAUCAUUUAUUUAACUCAUCAUAUAAUUCACUCUUAUCAAAUUCUUAUAUAAAACAACAACCAUAUCCUAUAUUUCCACUUAACAAUAAUACUACUGAAAUAGAUAAUCUAAUCAAUUUACCAAAUUCACAAAAUAAUAAUUUUAAUCAAAUUCUUUCACAAACACAAUUAUCAUCAUCACAAUUUCAUCAAUAUUGGCUACAAAUGAUUAAUACACCAACAUUAUCAUCUAUAGCUACAACAACAACAACAACAACAACUGCAACAAUACCAACAACAUCUUCAUUCACUGUAACUACACAAGAUAUAACACCAUUACAAAUGACACAAAGUUUAAUGACAUCAAAAAUGUUACCAUUUAAUUUUAUUCCAAAUGAAUUACAAACUUUAAGUUCAUUAUUUUAUCAUACUAUUAAACAAUUACAAAUGAAUCAUAAUUUACCUGUAAAUAUUUCUUUAUUAAAUCAAAAUCAUUUUAAUCAUAUAUAUACAACAAUAAUUAAUGAAAAUAUAUCAUUAAUCAAUCAGAAACAAUUAGAUAAUCAUAAUGAUAAACAAUUAAAUGAUUUCACAUUAUUACAUAAUCAAAAUCAUACGACUACAAGUACUACCACUACUACUACUACUACUACUACUACUAAUACCACUACUUCUAUUAUCAAUAAUAAUAAUACUCAUAAAAUAAAUAAAAAUCAUGAAAAUAAUAGAUCUGAUCCACAAAUUAUAAUAAAUCAAUCAAAAUUAAAAAAUAAAUCAAUAAAAUUUAAUAAAUUAUCACAAUCAAUAAAAAAUAAUUUAAAUUCACAAAUUAUUGAUCAUAAUAAUAAUAAACGAAAAAAAUAUUCCAACGUUGAUAAGGAUAUAAAUAAUCUUGAUAAUGAUGAAAUAAUGAAUGGAAAUAAUCAAUUAGAAGUUAAUGAAACUGACUGUUAUAACAAUGAAGAUGGUGAUGAUGAUGAUGAUGAUGACGAUGACGAUGAUGAUGUUGAUGUUGUUGUUGAUGAUGAAGAAGAAAUUAUAUUAGAUCCUAAACAAAAUCCUGAAAAUAUUCCAAUGAAUAUUUUUAAGUGUAAUUUAUGUAAUAAGUAUUUUGUUACUGCACAUGGUUUAGAAGUACAUGUUAGAAGAGCACAUAAUAAUGGUAAACGUCCAUUUGAAUGUCAAUUAUGUCAGAAAACAUUCGGUCAUGCUACAAGUUUAUAUCAACAUGAAAGCGUACAUUGUCAAGAUAGGCAAUUUCAAUGUUCUCAAUGUGGUAAAACAUUUAAACGUUCAUCUACAUUGAGUACACAUUUAUUAAUACAUAGUGAUACACGUCCUUAUCCAUGCCAGUAUUGUGGUAAACGUUUUCAUCAAAAAUCUGAUAUGAAAAAGCAUACUUAUACACAUACUGGUGAAAAACCUUAUAUUUGUUUACAAUGCGGUAAAGCAUUUAGUCAAUCAUCAAAUUUAAUUACACAUUCACGUAAACAUACUGGUUUUAAACCAUUCUCUUGUUUUCAUUGUUUACGUGCAUUUCAACGUAAAGUUGAUUUAAGACGUCAUAUUGAAACACAACAUGGUACAAUUGAUUUAUGUAAAAAAAAUUAUACAUUAGAUAAUAUAAAAACCUCUCAUUUAUCUAUUAAUAAUUUUCAUGAAAAUCACAAAAAAUCAAAUAUUUUACAUUAUGAUAAUAAAAUUAUAUUAAAUUCAUCAACAUCAACAUCUUCAUCAUUAUCUAUUUCACCUUUACCAAAUAUACUUUCUAGUCCUACAUCAAUUCAUUUACAAAAUUAUUCAAAUACAUCUGAUCUAAUUGAUUCAUUUCAUAAUUUCAAUAGUUUAAAUUUAUCUACAACAAUCAACACUAACAACACUAAUAACAAUAGUAAUAAUAAUAAUACUGACAAUAAUACUAAUAAUGAUACUGACAAUAGUAAUAAUAAUUAUUAUGACUGUGAUACAAUGAAUCCUAAAGAUUAUUCUUCAUCUAGCCCAAACAAUAUACAUAGUAAUAAUGAUGAAAAAUUAUUACCUUAUUCAGUAGAGAAUUUACUUAGUACACUAACAUAG